CCGCUCUCUCCGUCGUCUCCGCCGUCACUCCAUUUCUCUCGACCCCUCCAGGUGAAAUGGCUGGGAAGUCGAACAAAUCGAAGGCCAAGAGAGCGGCUCAAAGCUCUACCACCCAUUCUAAUGAUGUUAAAUCAGAUGCUCCUGCUACUGCUCCUGUUACUGCUCCGGGUACUGCUCCUGUUACUGCCCCUGCUUCUGCUCCGGUUACUGCUCCCGAUAAUGGCACUCUCAAUGAUGUUGACUCUGCGGUGCCUGAAGCCAAUGAAGUUCCCCCUACGAUUCCUAAGGCUGACGAAAGUGAGUCACAAGUAGCAAAUAAUGAUGCCCAACCUAAGCAAGGUGAACUCCGUCUUUAUCCUGUGUCUGUCAAAACACAAAGUGGGGGUAAAAUGGAGCUUCAAUUGAACCCUGGAGACUCUGUGAUGGAUAUAAGGCAGUUCCUCCUUGAUGCUCCAGAGACGUGCUACUUCACUUGUUAUGAGUUGUUACUCCGCAAUAAAGAUGGAGAGACUCAUCAUUUGGAAGACUACAAUGAGAUCUCUGAAGUAGCUGACAUCACCAUUGGUGGUUGCUCCUUGGAAAUGGUUGCAGCAUUGUAUGAUGAUAGAUCUAUCAGAGCACAUGUUCACCGUGCCAGAGAUCUUUUGUCGCUUUCAACACUUCACUCUUCCUUAUCAACAACACUUGCCUUGCAGUAUGACGCAGCACUGAACAAAGUUCAGAACCCUGGAGAUAAACCAAAGUCUGACGUUCCAGAGCUGGAAUGUUUGGGUUUUAUGGAAGAUGUGCCUGGCUCUCUCAAGAAGUUAAUAAAUUCUACAUCAGAAGAGAUCAAAUCUGUGGAAAACAUUGUGUUCUCAUCGUUCAACCCUCCUCCAAGCCACAGAAGGCUUGUAGGAGAUUUAAUAUAUUUGGAUGUUGUGACCUUGGAAGUUAACAAGUACUGCAUUACAGGCACAACAAAAACAUUUUAUGUUAAUUCUAGCUCAGGGAAUAUUCUCGAUCCAAGGCCAAAUAAAUCUGGACAUGAAGCAGCUACGCUGAUUGGACUAUUGCAAAAACUUAGCUCUAAGUUUAAAAAAGCUUUCCGUGAAGUCAUGGAAAAGAAAGCCUCUGCUCAUCCGUUUGAAAAUGUUCAAUCGCUUUUGCCACCACACUCAUGGCUAAGAACUUAUCCAGUACCCGAUCACAAGCGUGAUGCAGCGAGAGCAGAAGAAGCACUUACCAUUUCAUAUGGUAGUGAGUUAAUUGGCAUGCAGAGAGAUUGGAACGAAGAGUUGCAAUCUUGCAGAGAGUUCCCUCACACUUCUCCUCAAGAAAGGAUCUUACGUGACAGGGCACUUUACAAAGUGUCUUCAGAUUUUGUCGAUGCAGCGCUUAACGGAGCUAUUGGUGUAAUCAGCCGAUGCAUACCACCUAUAAAUCCAACUGAUCCAGAGUGUUUGCACAUGUAUGUGCACAACAACAUCUUUUUCAGUUUUGCUGUUGAUGCCGACAUUGAACAGCUCUCCAAGAAACGUCCAUCUAAUCAAGUGACGGAGAAGGUGUCCUCAUCUGAAAAGGUGUCAUGCACAGAUGCAACCUGCAAUAAUGAAGAGCAUAACAGCUGUAAUGAAGCGCCGCUUGUUGAAAAUGAGCAGGCAACGUAUGCCUCUGCAAACAAUGAUUUGAAAGGCACAAAGUUAUAUCAAGAAGCAGAUGUCCCAGGGCUAUAUAAUCUGGCAAUGGCCAUUAUUGAUUACAGAGGUCAUAGGGUUGUUGCUCAGAGUGUUCUACCGGGAAUCCUUCAAGGGGAUAAAUCAGAUGCGCUUUUGUAUGGUUCAGUCGACAAUGGCAAGAAAAUAUGCUGGAAUGAAGAUUUUCAUGCUAAGGUGCUAGAGGCUGCAAAGCUUCUUCACAUUAAGGAACAUUCUGUUAUUGAUGCAUCCGAAACUGUCUUCAAGUUGGCCGCACCAGUAGAGUGCAAGGGGAUUGUUGGGAGUGAUAACAGGCAUUAUCUCUUGGACUUGAUGAGAGUGACGCCUCGUGAUGCCAAUUAUACGGGUCCAGAGUCCCGCUUUUGUGUCCUAAGACCAGAACUGAUCACAUCAUUUUGCCAGGCCGAAUCAUUGGAAAAGUCAAAAUUGAAAACCAAGAAUGAUGAAGGGGCGGAUGAUUCUUCUAAUGUUAGUGCUGAUACUUCUAAAGUUGGUGAUGCAUUGAUCGAUGGAGAGGAAAAUGGGGCUUCAAAUUCCGAUCAGAAAACUAUUUCAGACAAGCAAAAUACCACCACUGAAGAUUCUGCAGCCGGGUUGUCUGAAAGUUCCAAAUCAUGUGAUGAAAUAGCAUUUAACCCCAAUGUCUUCACUGACUUCACAUUAGGUGGCAAUCAAGAGGAGAUAGCUGCUGAUGAAGAAAAUGUGAAGAAAGUUAGCUCAUACCUUGUGGAUGUGGUUCUUCCAAAAUUUAUAGAAGAUCUUUGCACUCUCGAAGUUUCUCCUAUGGAUGGUCAGACUUUGACUGAAGCACUCCAUGCUCAUGGUGUUAAUGUUCGUUACAUUGGAAGAGUUGCUAAUGGGGUGAAGCAUUUGCCUCAUUUGUGGGAUCUUUGUCUGAAUGAGAUUACUGUAAGAUCCGCGAAGCACAUUUUGAAGGACAUUCUAAGAGACAUAGAAGAUCAUGAUAUUGGAUCAGCAGUCUCACAUUUCCUCAAUUGUUUCUUUGGAAACUAUCAAGCUGCUGGGGGAAAAGCUAGCGCCAACAGCUCACAUGCCAAAAAUCAAAAGAAGGAUCAACCCAUCACAAAGAAGGGUCAAGGAAGAGGGAAGGGAAAAUCUUCUUCAAAGAAAAGCUUUUCAUCGUAUAUGAUGGUUGACUCCAACAUUCUAUGGUCUGACAUUCAGGAAUUUGCCAAAGCUAAAUAUGAGUUUGAGUUGCCUGAGCUAUCAAGAACUACGGCUAAAAAAGUAUCUGUUCUUCGUAAUCUUUGCCAAAAGGUUGGUGUCAGUAUUGCUGCACGCAAAUACGACUUCAGUGCAAUCUCGCCUUUUGAGACGUCAGAUAUUUUGGAUCUUCGGCCCGUAAUUAAGCACUCUGUCCCUGUAUGCUCUGAGGCUAAAGAUCUUGUUGAGAUGGGAAAGGUCCAACUGGCUGAGGGCAUGCUUAGUGAAUCCUACACGUUCUUUUCAGAGGCAUUUUCGAUACUUCAACAGGUGACUGGUCCAAUGCACAGGGAAGUUGCAAACUGCUGCAGGUACCUGGCCAUGGUUUUGUACCAUGCAGGAGAUAUGGCUGGGGCCAUAAUGCAGCAACACAAGGAACUCAUUAUUAAUGAGCGAUGCCUUGGUUUAGACCAUCCUGAUACUGCCCAUAGCUAUGGCAAUAUGGCUCUUUUCUACCAUGGACUGAAUCAGACAGAACUUGCUCUACAGAACAUGGGUCGAGCCUUGCUUCUCCUUGGCCUUUCAUCUGGCCCUGAUCAUCCAGAUGUUGCAGCUACAUUUAUAAAUGUUGCCAUGAUGUAUCAAGACAUGGGAAAGAUGGACACAGCUCUACGUUAUCUUCAAGAGGCUUUGAAGAAAAAUGAGAGACUUCUUGGUCCUGAACACAUUCAGACUGCAGUAUGCUACCACGCUCUUGCCAUUGCGUUCAACUGUAUGGGCGCAUUCAAGCUCUCACACCAGCAUGAGAAGAAAACCUACGACAUACUUGUUAAACAAUUGGGAGACGAUGAUUCUAGGACACGAGACUCUCUAAACUGGAUGAAGACGUUUAAGAUGCGUGAGCUUCAGAUGACUGCACAAAAGCAGAAAGGACAGGCAGCCAAUGCGGCCAACACGCAAAAGGCUAUCGAUCUCCUAAAGGCACAUCCAGACCUGAUACAUGCAUUCCAAAAUGCAGCGGCUACUGGAAGGUCAAAUGCACUGAACUCGGCUGUCCUUGGGGAGCCUCAACCACGGGGCAGAGGUUUUGAUGAAAGAGCAGCUCGUGCUGCAGCUGAAGUUAGGAAGAAAGCAGCUGCUAAGGGGCUACUGGUUCGCCCCCAGGGUGGUGUUCCAGUUCAAGCGAUGCCACCACUCUCUCAACUCCAAAACAUGAUCAAUACCGCCACAGAUUCGUCUGAGAAAGGUGGAGUAAAUGGGGAAGCAAAGGUACAAGAGAAGAAAGAAUCCUCUGAAAAUGGAAAAACAGAAAACCUGGCUCCUGCAGGAUUAGCUUUGUUUUUCUUCUCAUUCUGUUACAAUGAUUUGGGUAAGUCCUGCUUCCAGUCCGAAUCCUUCACUCCUUUGCAGACGCGUGCCAAUGUAUUCUCCUCGAAACCCUUUCCUUCUCUCGCCGGGAGCUUUCCUUCUCUCGCCGGGAGCUCUAGAACCAGAUUCAUUCCUUAUGCUGUAACGGAGACGGAAGAAAAACCCGCUGCUUUGGACCCUAGUUCCGAAGCCGCUAGGCGUGUCUAUAUCGGUAACAUACCAAGGACGGUGACCAAUGAGCAGCUCACUAAACUUGUUGAAGAACACGGUUCUGUUGAAAAAGUUCAGGUGAUGUAUGAUAAGUAUUCAGGACGAAGCCGUCGAUUUGGGUUUGCUACAAUGAAAUCAGUUGAAGAUGCUAAUGCUGUGGUUGAGAAAUUGAAUGGCAAUACCGUUGAAGGGCGUGAGAUAAAGGUUAACAUUACAGAGAAACCUAUAGCAUCAUCAUCUCCUGAUUUAUCACUGCUUCAGUCUGAAGAUUCAGCAUUUGUAGAUAGCCCUUACAAAGUGUAUGUUGGAAAUCUAGCAAAGACUGUUACAAAAGAGAUGCUUGAGAAUUUGUUUUCUGAGAAAGGGAAAGUAGUAAGUGCCAAGGUCUCAAGAGUACCUGGAACUUCGAAAUCCACCGGGUUUGGAUUCGUAACGUUUUCUUCAGAAGAAGAUGUUGAAGCUGCCAUUUUGGCUCUUAACAAUUCGUUGCUGGAAGGACAGAAGAUUCGGCCAGAGAUGCUUAGCUUGCAGUGUCUUCCUCCUUUCUUCAUCUCCGUCCCAAAUCGGAGCACCAAUUCUUGCUCAACGGCUCCACUUCGUGCGACUAGUGACUUCGCUGCUUCUCCGUCGUCCCCAAUCUCUCGCCGCCUUAUCCUUCUCCGUCACGCUCACAGUUCCUGGGAUGAUCUUUCCCUUAGAGACCAUGAUCGUCCUCUAAGUAAAACUGGACAAGCCGAUGCUGCCAAAGUAGCUCAAAUCCUCUCCUCACUUGGUUGGCUUCCCCAACUCAUUCUCUCAAGUGACGCCACUCGCACUAGAGAGACACUGAAGUCAAUGCAAGCACAAGUAGAUGAGUUUAUGGAGGCAAAUGUACAUUUCAUUCCUAGCUUUUACUCCAUUGCUGCUAUGGAUGGCCAAACCGCCGAGCAUCUUCAAAACAUUAUCUCCAAAUAUUCAACCCCUGAUAUCUCCACUAUCAUGUGUAUGGGGCACAAUAAGGGUUGGGAAGAAGCAGCUUCCAUGCUCUCUGGAGCUUCUGUUAAGUUGAAAACAUGCAAUGCUGCUUUGCUUCAGGCUUUUGGCAACUCCUGGGAAGAAGCUUUUGCGCUCUCUGGCCCUGGCGGAUGGAAACUUGAGGGUCUAGUGGCUCCAGAUAGUAGCAUCUGUGUGUAAGAAACUGGAACUAUCCCUAGCUUCAAGUUUACCUUCAAGUUUAUAUAAAACGUUGUAAAGUUUCAUCCAUAUGUGCAUUUCUCAUGUGCUAGAGUAGUUAAGCUUAGUUUUUAGCUGAUGAUGAUGAACACAGCAAGAGCAGAUUGCAUCUCUUGAUUGGAUGUUUGCCUUAUGUAAGAUCCGAGCAUCAAGGAUAUGUUCAAAUGCAGUUACAUUAUUUAUAUAAAUGGGAGUUUGCAUG